GCCCCGCAGUUCGAUUCAUUCCUGCCCUCGGUUUUGUUUAGUUUAUUACACCUGAGUAGUGCUUUUUCUCAGCAGUGUGCCAUCGCCGUCCACGAGGGCCAGAGAAGCGCCAGAAACAAGGGCACUAUGAACACCUUGGAUGGAGAGUCGAAUUUUUGGAAUAAUGCAUGUCUUUGCUGAUGGAUGUUUUGCAGAAGCUAACUCCGCAUUUUUGACUCACAGUCUACUUAAUUGGGAACCUCUUAUUUCAUUGAGCAAACAGGAACAGCUUUGAAGUUAUGCGAAACUUUUGACCUUUGCUAACUCUAUAAUCCCAGAAGUCGACAAGAGAUCUGCUCUGCAAAACCGCAAUGAUAUGGUUCACUUUGGAACACUCUCCAGAUAUGCCAAUAUGUGUAAGAUCAAGUACAGCUUUUCUCGGCUUUCCAUCUUCUUCAUACUUCUGAUGGGGACAUUUGCGUAUCUGCCGAAGAAAUCUACCCCUGAUCAUGCAGGACCCACUGCUGACAAUAGAGAAAAAGAUGGCCAUACAGGGUUCCACGCCCGUCAAUUGAGAAUGGGCAAUUCUAAUGCAGAUGAAAAUUUGGAGAAUCAACGAGAAGAGAGUAAUCCUGAUUCAGUAAAAGAUCCAGAAAUCGAGGCAGGAAGUAAAGCUGGAAGGGAUGAGCAUUUGGAGAAUCAAGGAGAAGAGAGUAAAAGGUUUACAGCAGAAGAUCCAGAAAUCUACGCAGGAAGUAAAGGUGGAAGGGAAACGAGUUCGUUUGGUUUUAUGAUCCAAAGCUAUAGAAACACGGCAGCUGAGGCCAGCAGAAACAAUGUGGCUGCAAUAUUCAGACACCUUGUGGACGACCUACUCGACCUUUGUUUGAGAGAGCUCAGUCUUUUCCCCUUUGAGCAACGGAGGAUGAGAGGGCCCGAUUAUACCCUGGUGGAUACUCCGAAAGUGUCAGAAGGCAAUGGCACGGAAGGCAACAUUAACCAACGUAAUCAAAGAAAGCAAAGGAAGCGAGCCAAUCUCCGGCAAGGGCCGGAUCAAAGAAAGGGAAAAACAAGACCUGACAUUCUCCAGCAAGUUGAUCACAGUGAACCUAAAAUUAUUGACAAGGACUCUUCGGGAAAAGAGGGUAGGCGAUUUCACAAAAUGGAUAAAGAUGGACAACGUAUGGGACAGAAUGAAAACGCACACUCAUGCAGGGCGAAUGAAACGGAAGAUUUGCCCGAUUACACCCUGGGGGAUCCUCCGAAAGUGUCAGAAGGCAAUGGCACAGAAGGCAACAAUAACCAACGUAAUCAAAGAAAGCAAAGGAAGCGAGAAGCAAGACGUGCCAAUCUCCGGCAAGGUGAUCAGACUGAAUCUGACAUUGUUGACAAGAAGUCUUCUGGAAAUGAAGGGCCCGAACAAAGGAACGGAAAAACAAGACCUGAGAUUCUUGUGCAAGUUGAUCGCAGUGAAUCUAAUAUUGUUGACAAGAAAUCUUCUGGAAAUGAGGACAUAGCAACAAUGGGAAAAUGGACAUUGUUUGUUUCCCACGUGAUUGUAUUCUUAGUAGGGCUGGCUAUUGGAUAUUGUAUGUUACGCCUAUCAAAGAAACAGCCGAAUCAGGAAACCGAAGACGUUGACCCUACGAUCAUUGUUAAAAAUACAGAAGAUACUGAAAGGCAUACUGAUCAAAGAAACGCUGACACAUUUGAAGUAAUUAGCUGGGAGACGCAAAAAGAAAAUCAACAACAGCAGAAAGACCGCAGCCAAUCUUACAAUGAUUCCAAACACAAGCUGGAUUGUGGUGAAGACAAGGCCAAAUCUCAGACAUGGACGGGACAGCAGCCUGCCAUCGAAACUGGAAGAACGUUCGCCUAUAAAACUGAUUACAUUCAUCCACAGUCAAAAUCAGAAGCAGGGAUGCAAAAGCCCGAAGAGAACAAAGGUGGAAAUGAUUCUCUCGGAGAAAGUGAUCGAAGCCAGUUGAUCCACAGUGGAUCCAAAAGCGAUGCAGAACAAAAGACGUGUCCUGCUGAAAGUAAAGCUGAACUUCCCACAGCAGUUGGCCAACAGACUGACAGCAAAUCUGAAGAUAGCAUAACAAAUAGACUGUAUGAAGAUCAACCAGUGACAUCAGCAGAAUUCGAGUUAAAAGGUUCGGAAAGCAUGCUAAGAGAAAAUGAUGCUCUCGGAGAAAGUGAACGAGGCCAGUUGAUUAACAGUGGAUCCAAAAGCGGUGCAGAGCAAAAGAUGGGUCCUGCUGAAAGUCAAGCUGAACUCCCCACAGCAGUUGCCAAACAGCCUGUCAGCAAACCUGACGAUAGCAUAACAAAUAAACUGUAUGAAGAUCAACCAGUGACUUCUCCAGAAUUCGAGUUAAAAGGUUCGGAAAGUAUGCCAAGAGAAAAUGAGUUUAAAGGAAACGCUGCCUUGCCUCAAGAAAUUAUCCAGGAAACACCAAAAGAAAAUAAACAACACCAGGAAGACCGCCGUCAAUCUGUUAAUAAUUCCGAGUUUAAACUGGAUGCUGAUCAGGUCCAGCCGACUUCUCAGCCACGGGCUGGGCAACAACCUGCUAUCGAAAGUAAAAAAUACAUCGUCAAGAAAGCUGAUGAAGUUCAAACACUGUCAACACCAGGAGCGGAGAUGCAAAGCCACGAGGAGAACGUAGUCGGAAAUGAACUUUCGUCAGCAACUGGACAUACGUUUGUUACCGAAUUUAGGAGAGCUAUCGCCAAUAAAGCGGAGGUCAAUGAACCAGCGGCAUUACCACUGUCAGGAAAAAUAGGUGUCGAAGCGAAUCGAAGUGACAAAGUUGUAGAGCAGCUGCACAUGCGUCAUCUCCAAGAUCAAAGUAAGCAUUGGAAAGGCACAGAGAUUGAAGGAAGCCUAUUGACUGAGAAACGUAACAUUGAUGAAUUCUACACUGACUUAUGCGUUAUUGCCACGUCACCAAAACGGUUAUUUAUUGAACACGAUGAGAUGCAGGAAGAGAGCAACAAGCAAGACUUUCAAGUUGAUUUUCAUCAAUUGUUCAAAAGCGGCAAAUCUUUGACAAACAAUGCGGCCAUCACUGUGGUAUGCGGGGCUGCUGGGUCUGGCAAAAGCACCAUGAUACAGAAAAUAAUCCACGACUGGUCCACGGGGACAAUUUAUAAAGAGUUUAAGUUUGUCUUGCAUUUCACGCUUCGGCAAUUAAAUGCAAUCAAAUGUAAAACGAAUUUAAAUACGCUGAUCCUUGAUGCUUAUCCUCACUUCAAAGGUAGUCUCGAUCAUCUGUGGAAAGAAACGAAUAAUAUAUUGUUCAUACUUGAAGAUUUCGAUCAAUUUGAGGGAAUAAUUUAUUAUCAGGACGAGAUGAAGAAAGAGAACAAACAGCAAGAGUACUUGGAACCGCAAUCUCUUUGCUUAGUGUCCGACAUUGUGAAAUCCCUCUUGCAGGGAGACAUGCUCAGGGGAUGCUCAGUGCUGAUCACAACCCGGCCAUGGAACCUCGACACUCUGCGCGAGGCAUCGAUAGAUUCAACAUUCCAAAUCAUCGGGUUCACCGCUGAUCAAGUGAAACAAUACUUUCUUAGAAAUGGGCUACAAGCGAAUGUUAUCAAACUCAUUGAGCAGAGUGACAUAUUGUGCAGCAUGUGCCGUAACCCUUUAUUCUGUUCGGCCCUCUGCGCUUCAGUGAAUUCACAACAAGGACAAGGAGAGGGAACAACGUAUGUGAUAUACAACUCUCGGGUGUUCUCCGCCUACUAUGCAAUCCUACUGGACAGGUGCGGUUAUAAUGUGAAAUCCUCCCGAAAUAGCUUCCAUAAACUUGGCGAGUUAGCCUACACAGGAAUUUGUAAUAAAAAAGAAUCGUUUGAAUCGGAAAAAUUAAGUGAUCUGAAUUUAUAUCUUCCCAAUUUUGCCUCUACGGUUAUGAUUCAAGUUCAGGACAACGAUAUGACUGCUUCUGUUUAUAAAUUCACGCACGCCUUUGUUCGGGACUUUGUUGCCGCUGUUAGUAAACGACUAUAUUCAAAGGGAAUUGAAUUGCAAAGAAUAUUGGACCAGUCCUUCACGUCCACCGACGACAGAUGGAAUAUAUUUUCACGUUUUCUUUUCGGCCUUUGCUCAGGGCAAUCGACUGAUCGUCUAGAGGGGCUACUGGGCAAAUGUAAUGAUGAUGUAUCCCUGUGCAUCUCCGAUUGGCUCUCAGAAACAAUCAAAAGGCGCAUCGAAAAUUUGGAGGGAAAGUAUAACCAGAAGAAGUUCUUAAACAUUCUACACUGUUUAUCUGAAUUUGGAGACGUGCAACUAACGAAAAAUACAUUGACAGUUAAACCGGCAAUAAAAUUUAAUCAAUGCGUUCUCAGACCUUCCGACUGCACCGUGAUAUGCACUACGUUAACCUGCCCUGAAGCAAUUACAGAAAUGGAUCUCAGUUCAUGCCGUUUACAACUGGAAGGAAUCCAACAAUUGGAAACAGUUCUCCACAAAUGUGAAAUUCUAAGACUCAGCGGAAAUGACCUACAGGAUGCUGGGGUGAAGUGUGUCUCUGAAGCUUUGAAGAAAGAUGAUUGCAAAGUUAAACAACUAGAACUGAAAUCCAACAAACUUACAGAUGACUGUCUGGAAGAUCUAUUCUGCGCUCUCGCUGGAAAUCGUUCACUAAUGGUGCUGGACCUGAGCAAUUCUACACAUGAUGAACAUCAAGCCAACCGAUUCACCGCAGGCAAUUUGCAGAAUAUGGAACAGAGCUGCAAUUCUAAUAGGGAUAUCAGACUGAUAUGCUAUCAAGAUUUUGAGCAGAACCCUUCAAAGGAUGACAUCGCCUUGAAUGUUUUAACUAUAAUAACAGAUUGAUGAAUAGACAAUUAUUCUGGAAAACAGGCAGGUAAAUGGACAAGAAACAGAACUGCACUGAGCUGAAACACAAGAGACUCUGCAGAUGGAAAGAUUUUAGAUCAACAAAUACAAAUAGAUGAUGGAUCUCAGAAUCAUGCGGCAUCUCUGGAGAGGAAUAAAGUGUAGACUUUUUUUUUCGGGCAGAGAACCUGCUCCGCGAUUAAAUAUACUAUUAACUUUUUUAUCUGUUUUAUCAUAGCGCCUUUUAACCGAAUUUAAAAUUUUCUUAGGAAUUUAAAACUUAAUUUAAGAUGGCGCUGUUGUUUCUCUUUAAGAGAUUAUAUUAGUUUGGCUCUAUUUCUGUUUAAUACAUGAUGGAAUGUAAACAGUCUCCUUUGUCGAGACGUUACUGUUUUUCUUGAUUGAUCAUUUUUUUUUGUGUACUGGCGGGUGAGAGGGAGAUACGAGACCGACAGAGCGGCUGAUGGCUUCGCAACGAUCUUACUUCACAUGAUUUUUUCGCUUUUUUGGGAGGGUUGGUGGGUUUAGAGUUCGUAGUUAUUUUUCCCCCAUUGGAUGGUUCCGGAGCAUUCGUGUUUUCUAUAUGGCUGUAUUCUUCAUCAUCGCCAUCUUUGAUAAUUCCGUAUUGGUAUGUAUUCUGCGCGUGGAUAAAGUAAAUUGGAAUACAAAUUAGUGUAUGGCAGUUAAAAGGAUUAAUGUAAUAAGCUGGAAUAUACGUGGCUGGAAUCAUCCUACUAAACGAAAAAAGAUUUUUAAAACUA